AUGUAAAAGCCAUACAUCGUGGUAGUCGGUGUCUCACUCUUUUUUAUCACUCUGUUCCUCAUCAAUGCAAUCCAUCAAUAUGAUGAAAUACCACAAUAAACCCAAGAAGUCUAAUACAUAAAAGCCACAGAUUUGCUAGCUGUUUAAGUUCCUUUGCCUUGGGAAAUCAAAUAGCCUGAUGAAGAGCACUUAAAAAUACUGGAUCAAAAUGAAACUGAUAUCAUAGAAGAAAAGAAAUUCACCAAUGGAAUUACCAGGGAAGAAUUAGGUCGCGCCGGAUGGACUCUUUUGCACAUGAUCUCAGCCACUCUUCCAGUUGAUUUUGAUGAGGAAUUCACAUUCAAAAUCAAUGUCUUUUUGAAUCUAUUUGGACAGUUCUUCCCUUGUAAGGAGUGUGCAGGACAUUUUCUGAAUAUGACCACCAAUUUGCCAUACGAAGGAACUACUAGAGUCGAUUUCAUGUAAUAUCUAUGCAUGUUGCAUAACGAAGUUAAUGAAAGAUUGCAUAAACCAAGUUUUAAUUGCAGUGAUAUACAUUAAAGAUGGGGAGGAGAUUGUGGUUGCAAGAGUGCCUUGGAAGAGAGCAUUAAAAAAUAUAGUAAAGGGUAAAAUUGAUCAUAUAGAUAUAUAAUUCAAUAUUCUUAAGUCAAAUCAAUUAAAUAUUAUA